AUGAUUUACCUCUACGUUCUAAUUGGCGUUUUUGGAGUAAGGUUUUGGUAUGAAAAGAGGAGGGCAGGUGACAGAAAGCAGUCCAAAACAAUGUCCAUCGCUUGUAUUGCAGUACUUUCUCUAUUACCUACCGUCACCUAUGCGCAUACGCUAUGUAAAGAUAGUGAAAAAAUGAAGGAUCAUCAGGUGAACCAAUUUUUGGACAUGCACAACUAUAGAAGGUUGAUGUUAGCAAAAGGAGAGGUCAUAAAGGGCAAUAAGAACUAUAUGCCACAGGGUGCUAAUAUUCAAAAGCUGUCAUAUAAUUGCUCCUUGGAAGAAGCCGCUAUUGCUCGGGCAGAAGAUUGCUUUCAAACGGAGACUGAACUCGAUCCCGACGUUGGCGAAAAUACUGCACAAGUCACUUUAUCAUCCGCCCCUAAUAAAUUGACGGCCAUCAAGAAUGGUGUAACAUCAUGGUGGAAGCAAUCCAGAACUGGACCGAACAUUGGCAAUCAAGUUUAUUACAGAACUAUACACACUCCAUCUGCUAAUUUUGCUACGAUGGCCUGGGCUACAACAUCUGAGAUUGGAUGUGCCGUAAACAAAUGCAGUAAUUUCUACGCUGUUGUAUGUCAAUAUGCUCCAAGCGAGGUGGAAAUUGAGCAACAAAUUUACAAGCCAGGAACGCCUUGCAGCUCUUGCCCAAGUGAAUUUCCGACAUGUGUAGAUGGAGCGCUAUGUGGACCAUGA